AUGUGGUUGCUGUUGUCUGGAGUGUGCAGAGUAUUCCACCCCAGAAAAACAAAGCUCAAUUACGACUGUGAUGAGAAAUCUGCUUGUGUGGGUCUGAUCCGACAAUGUCUAAAGGCAAUAGGGGUCGCAUCAGCAUGUGGAUACAUGCCAGUGUGUUGUUUGUUGGCUCGGUGUGUAUGGCUGUGGUGUAUACAGGAGACACGGAUCAACAAUCAUACAGAGGCUGAACAACUUCUACAUACCCUAGCUGAUGCCAUAAACAAGACAGAUUUUCUGGUGACAGGUGACUAUCCAGUGCUGACCUUCCCAUUGUAUGCAGACCAUAUCCAGCUGCCAGUGACCCCAGGCCUGGAGGGACCCCUUUCCAGUGUCCUGUGGGUAGUCAGUCUGUCAGGCAAUACUAGGUAUGACCUGGUGGUCAGUGUACUUGACACAGUCAAGGAUCAACAUCUCGCCCCAUCUGUCAAGUUCUUAUCAGGGUUUGCUAGCUACAAGCUGGGACAGUACACAGAGGGUAUUUCGACGCUGAUGGAGAUUGUCCGCUCCCAGCCCCCUGCCACCCCCAGACUCAGGGCUCGUGUACAUUUCCUUAUUGGACUCUGCUUCGCUAAACUUGACAAGAGGCCACUAGGUCUGGCAAUGUUUCGUGAGGCCCUGUGUGCUGAUUUCAGCUUCCUACGGCCACUGUACACAACUGCCCUGCAGUACCGCAGUUUUGGAGAUAACGAUAUGGAACUAGAGUGCCUUAACCUUCUCACAAUGGCCUUGGAGAUGCGGGACAGCCCAGGAUUGCCAGUGACAAGUGGUGUGGACGUCCUGUCUCUAGUAGACUUUGAGGAUGAAGAUAUCACCUACCCCACAGCCUUGUACACUCUGGCCAGCAGGGCACACAAGCUGCACAGGUUUGAUGUAGCUGCAGAAAAAUACACAAUACUUCUACAACAUCUGAGGACAGGAACUGUUCAAAGCGAAGAUUUGCCGCCAGUUUUACAACUGUAUCAUGAGACUAUGGAAGCUACACUAGGAUCUGGUAAAUACAAAGACUGCCUGAAGCUAUGUGACCACGUUCUUGCUUGUUACCAUGGAAACGCAGUCUCCAUGGAUACCACCUAUGAUCCGAGUCAAGGGUCAAGCCAUAGUGGAGAAUUCACAGAUGAGUUGCCUCGUGCUGGAGAUGUGAUAGAUUUUGUUUAUAAUAAAAGAGUUGUGAACAAAAAUUUUAGUCAAAAUAGUAAAAAUAAUGAAGAUUUGUCUAACAAUGGUGAGGAGAUGGAGACCAGUUGCUCUGGUCAGUCUUUGAAGAGGAAGUAUUCAGAAGAUCGCGCCUCUGAAUGUCACCAUGGCGAUACUGAUGUUGUGGCCUUGAAGUUUAAGGCUUUGGCCUUGCACAAGAUUGGGAAAAUAGAAGAUGCAUUGAUCUGUUUGAAAAGGGCCAUACAGAGUAUAUCGGACAUGCGCAGACAGAAGAUGCGGGCAGUGAUGGGUUCAUCCUCAGAGCCUCAGUCUAAACGAAGGAAAAUCCAGGAGCCUGGAGCAAACGGAAAAAAGAUGUCUGACAAGGAUUCUACUCUUAGGGAUGACAAUAGUAUUGAAAAACUGAAUGUCACUAAAGGGAGUAGUGCUAAGUUGAAUUCUGGUGAAAAUAAGCUUGCUGGCCUUCAUGGAACAUCACUCGAACUAGAGUGUGAACUGUAUGAAAUGACUUCUAAUAUUCUGGACUCUUUAAAGAAAAGUAAGGAUGCUGCUCAUUUUAGAAGACUUUCAACUGAGUUGAAAUCAUGCUUUAAAGUCUAA